GACAAGACCCGUGCAGUGUCUCAGCCUGCCUUGUCGACGGUGCCUCCAGUUCUUCCUCGGCUACCUGCCGGCAAUAUUAAAGAAGUAGAGGCAGCCGUGCGGGAUGAGGCUGUGGCUGCCACCUUGCGCAAGCACCUCCUGCAAAUAGGAGGGAAGUCAUUGCGCGAGGUGGCAUCGAAUGCCAUGAAGGCUGUAAUGGCGCACCCCGUCCAAGUGCUUUACAGCUUUCAUAGCAGGAAGGGGAAGAGGGCAUUCAUCAAUUUGAAGUUAUGCCAGAUAGUCACAGAUGUCAUCUGUGCGAAAGGGGGGGGGGGCGACCUGACAGAAGCACAGGACUUCAUUAAGAGGUGGUUGCCAGGGUCUGUGGACAGGGGUGGUGGCAGGAAGAGGCGUUUCGCAGAAACGCUUGCAGCAGAGAAGCCCGAUGAUCCCUCCCUUUGGGGCAGGAAUCAUUGCCGGCCCACUGCUGCCCUCUCCCUGCCCCACCCUAGCCCUCAUGUCCCUGGCCAUUCCACCGUCCGCCCCUCCUGUCCGGCUGCUGCUGCCCCUGCUCCUUCGCCUGCUGCAGCCCCUGCUCCUGCAGUCCCUGCCGCCCCUGCCCCUCCUCCUGCUGCUACCCCUGGAGCUGAGCACCCUUACUGAUGCCUGCAUCAGUUCAAGAAUUGUAUUCUAAAUAGUAUUCUAAAUAAAUUAUAUUUUCGUUU